CUCUCACCUUGUACAUUAGUCAUGGGAGUGGAUGUGCAGCGAUCAUACGAAGCAAGGUUAUGUGACGUUGGGGUCUGUCAAGGCAACCUUAGAAAAAUUCUAAUAUUAAUAAAUAAACAAAUAAUUUGGAUUUUUAUUAUUUUAUUCUUUCUCCAAAACCAUGACAACGCGUUCCACAAAAUAUAAUGCAAUUAAGAUGGACAUAGACAUAGAGAAAUACAGAGAAGAACAAAAUUGGUUAAAAGUGAUACAAUUAGCUGAGCAUUUGAAAGAGCGCUCCCCAAAUUCUGAAUACUUGGCUAACUUUUUAAUUGGGGAAGGUAAAUUGGAAAAAUAUUUGGAAGAAUGGCCCCCAAUCGAGGCAAACAUUCAUCGUGCCAAAAUUGGUCUAAUGGAAGCCAAACAGUUCUUGGAAUUGGCAUCUAGUUCAGAAGGAAUAAAGGCAGAAGUAGCACUAGAUUCGUUUUUGUUAUUAGGAAAAUUGUAUUACGCUUGUGGCCAGUACACUGAUAGUUUGAACAGUUUUAAGUCUGCUGAUUUAGAUGCACUUUCCGAGAAGAAAUUGCCAUUGCGUAGUUUACGAACAGUUGCAGAAUCGUUUGCCAUUAAAGCAUUGUGCAAUGUGAAGGUAUCUGCGGGUCCUAGUAAGUUCAAGAAAGCAGAAAGAGAGGUGGAAACACUUCAUUAUUUUGAAGUAGCCUCCGAUCUUGCCCUUCUAUACGCUCAGGAAGUGGAAAAGCAACAAUACACCUCCAUUUCGAGCACUGGUACGCAUUCUCCACAACCGCCAGCUAUACAUAAGACACUGAGCCCAAUUUUGGAACAAGCGCUACACGAAGCACCUCUUAUGUUACUAAGACAAGGAAAACCGUUUGCCGCUCUGGAAAGGUACAGAAUAAUUCUAAGUGCUGUCGAAGCUCAGACGGUCCACACAAUACGUUUGAAAUUUUUGUGUCAGUUGGCCGAAUUAAUAUUACGCGGCACUGUGUGUGACGAUUAUAAGCCGCCUACGAUGACUAUGAAAGAUUCUGCGUGGAAGCCAAAACAAUACAGUUCCUUAAACCAGUUUGUACCUAGAAAUGAAUGCGAAGAAUCACUUUUGGUGUUAUUGGUUGCGGAAGCAAUGGCCGUACGCCAUACAGUGUUAUCUCAAUCCGUCGAAUUUAAAGAAGCCAGAUUAAAUGCAUAUCGUGACGCAACUUUUGUCUAUGAUUUACUUACCUUGGCUACUGCGAGAUGGGGUCAGUUUGCAUUAUUACAAGAGUCGUUUGAACGCGCAAUGAAAUUUUCGUUUGAAGAAUCUCACGUGUGGCGACAACACGCGUUAAGCUUAAUAACAACUGGCCGAUAUGUGGAUGCUUUAGGGAUAUUCAAAGAAGUAAUUCGUCUUGAACCGAACCAAUCCGUAAAUUGUUUGCUUGUAGCACGUCUUUGCUAUGAGCAUUUAGAUUUACCUUUUGAAGGGACAGAUUUCAGUAUGGAGGCGAAAAAAAUUGAAUUUUCUCACUCUACCGGCCUUCUUGGUAGGUGCUACCUGUACAUAGGGAUUGGUCAUCAGUUACAGGCGAAAAAUACGAGCGUUAAGAAAGAAGAACAAUUCAACGAGAAUGCCCUUAAGUCUUUUAUUAGUGCCUUGGAAAUUGAACCGCAUGACCAUUUGAGUGAAUAUUAUCUCGGAUUGCAGUUGGCUAUAAUGGGACGUAUCACUGAAGCGCUUGCUCAUGUACAAACUGCACUUGAUCUACGAUAUGAAAGCUCUUCCACCCUACAUUUGCUAGCUUUAUUAUUAUCUGCCAACUCUCAGCAUGUCGAUGCUUUAGAUGUAGUGGAAGCUGCGCUCCUAGAGUAUCCCGACUGUUUAAACUUAAUGUAUGUGAAAGCGUACCUAGAAUUGCAUCUGAAUGGUGGAGAGAAAGCACUGAUAACUGGUAAACAAAUGUUGGAGUUGUGGAAGAACCUUUACGAAGGCCAAAUCAGCUCCGAUGUUCCUGAAUGUGAUCGUAAGAGCGACACACGUUCGGUCUUCCAACUAUACACAUCGGAAAUGUCGGAUAAAGAUUCGAGUUCUUUACAGGCGCACAGCAUGGCAGCUUCACGAGUUGAACACGCACUAAGUGAAGUUGCGAGCUCAAUUAGCAGCUUUAGUCCGCGACCUGGUCCUCAGCGUGCCUGGAAACUUCAAAUGGAGGUCUGGCUUUUAUUAGCUGAAAUUUACUUGACACUCGACGAACCGGCGUAUGUUCAGCAGUGUAUACAGGAAGCCACGCAAAUAUUUCCACUUUCGCAUCACGUUAUCCAUAUGCGUGGACUACUGCAUAUGUACAAAAAGGAAUGGGCGGAGGCAAAGUUAUGUUUUCAAAAUGCCGUCGCAAUCAAUCCACAACAUAUUAAAUCGCUUCAACAGUUAGGCCUUGUAUAUCAUUAUAUGGGUUCUCAAGGACUAGCAGAGUCAACAUUGCGUGAGGCUGCUAAGAUUGAUCCUAAAAAUCACAUCACAUGGUACAAUUUAGGAAAAGUUUUGGAAGCCUUAGGCGAAUACGAAGAUGCAAGCAAUUGUAUGGCAACUGCACUUAAUGUGGAAACAACUAGUCCUAUUCUUCCAUUUACGUCGGUUCCUUUGUGCUUUGAAUAAUACUAUGUACUAGGUGUACCUAUCUAUAAGUUAUUUUGGUGCAUAAGUAGUGUGUUCUUCCAGACAUCACAUAGUUUUUAAUUCUAGUCGUUAGUAUAUUGGUGUUUCUUAUUUUUUAUCUAUUGCAUUUACUGUUAUACUACUAAGAAAAACCUGCUGUGAUUCUAUUGUUUCAAUUUUCUUGCCUGUUUUGUAAAUUGCGGUUGAGCGACACUGUUAUGAUUCCUUAGAAAUUUAGUUGGUUAAUGUGUAUUGUUACCAACGAGUAUUAAAGUUCUCGCAAAUAAAUUUAUUUUGACAGUAGCUGAAUAACUAAAAUUUUUAUUGUAAAAAAGAGGUGAAGAGUAAUCUCACUUAAUUUAAUGAGCGAUUGCAUUUCAAUAAUUUUGCAUUUUCCAAUAUAGCAGGGUUGCUUACACAACCUACCAACUGUUGUCAGUAUUUGAAUAGUAUGUAGCUUUUAAAAUAAUUUUAUGUUCUUGUGUAUAGUUAGUUUAAAUUAUUGGAAUCUGAUUGUAUCUAUACUGUUAUUAUUCAGCUGCUGUUAAUUAAAAUAAUUUCUGUGUC